AUGACUGCUUCGGCUUCCAGAAACUCAGAGCCGCAACGGCAGACUGCUAACGACGAUGAGGGUGCACCAGAAUUGUACGAGCAUGUGACUUCGCAAAAUUUGAUGAAAAGUGAGCUAGGCCAACCACUGGAAGUUCGCUUCGAAAACGUAUCCAUGUCGGCGGACGUUAUCGUGAAGGACGAGACGCAGCCCCAGACAGAGCUACCUACUCUUUCCAACGUGAUCCUGAAAGGUGCACGGCAGCUGGGUGCCAAAAGCCACGUGGUGAAGAAAAGUAUACUUCGCAAUGCCAGCGGGGUGUUUAAGCCUGGCACCAUGACGUUGAUCCUCGGUCAACCCGGCUCAGGAAAGUCAUCGCUAAUGAAGUUGCUGAGCGGGAGACUGUCAGCUGAUAGGAAUGUCAUGGUGGAAGGAGGAUACCCAUCUGCCUACUUUAACAGUAAAGGAGACGCUCGGGUCGCACAUGAGUGUAGCGAAGGAACAGUGCCAAUUAUUGAUGAGCAGCAGCUUGGCCGUGGUGAUCAUGGUGGGGACCAACAUGCUCUGGAUGCUGCAAACGCCGUAUUCAAAAAUCGCCCAGACAUCGUCAUCCGUCAACUCGGUCUUGAGAAUUGCCAAGAUACCUUGGUAGGUGAUGCCAUGUUACGGGGUGUGUCUGGUGGCGAGCGCAAACGCGUGACAACGGGCGAGAUGACGUUCGGCAACAAGCUCGUGUAUUUUAUGGAUGAGAUUAGCACAGGUUCGGACAGCUCCGCAACUUUUGACAUCAUCUCGAACCAACGCAGGUUGGCUAAAACACUUGGCAAGACAAUGGUGAUUUCGCUCCUGCAGCCAUCUCCUGAGGGUUUUGAGCUGUUCGACGACGUUAUGCUGCUAAACGGUGGCUACGUGAUGUAUUAUGGGCCCCGUGCCGAAUUAGGGGGGUAUUUCGAAGACUUGGGGCUAAAGUGUCCUGCGAGUCGCGAUAUGGCCGACUUCUUGCUGGAUCUCGGUACAAACAAACAGCGCCAAUAUGAAAGCGGCCCUGCACCAAGAUUUGCGCCGCAAUUUGCUGAUGUCUUUGAAAAGUCGGAGGUUCGAUUUCGUAUGAUGAACAACCUACGCAAUCCAUGGGAAUGCAGUACUGAGCCUAUUAACUCAGUUGCGCACACACCCGAGUUCAGACAGGACUUUCUUGCAGGAACUGCAACUGUUCUUGCCCGUGAAUUCAAGAUUCUUGCUCAUGACUUAGCUGCCGUGAAAAUCCAAGUGUUCAUGGCGUUGGUCAUUGCAUUACUGUACGGCACGGCAUUCUACCAAUUUGAAACAACCAAUGCUCAAGUGUUCAUGGGUCUAGCGUUUACAACAGUGGAUACGCUAUCUGUGGCAAAAAUUGCGCCGAUUCCUUCGAUCCUGGCUACUCGGAAUGUGGUCUACAAACAGCGCGGUGCUAAUUUCUACCGUACCUCGUCUUUUGGGAUCGCAAGCUCUGUGAAGGAGAGCCCCCUUGUUGUGGUGGAGAUUCUGCUAUUCGGACCCUGA